UUGUGCUCAAAAACGAGCAAGGGCGCCACCUUGUGGUCGAUUUCCCUACAACGCGCUGGCUCAGGCGUCUCCUGUUGCUAUGCCGACAGGCUUUGUCAAAAAUAAUAUAUACAGUUCGCUAAUCACGCUAGCUGUGUUACUGCGUUAAUUAAACAACGUGUUUAUGCUUGAAAUAUGAUGUAUUUUGGAAGCGUUUAUUGAGAACUUAAAAGACGAAAAUAUCAUCAUAAUCUGAGACUUUAAAGAGAAAUCACUCAUGAGCAUGGAGUCCUUAAACUUUUCCUCAGCACAAGCCUUCUUUGAGAAAUACGAUUGGAGAGAAGUUCAGGAGCUGCUCAGUCUCACCUCCUGCAGCUGGUUAUUGGGUGGAGAAGAUUUCCUCCAGUCUGUAGACCCUCCACCUGGAAUGAUCAGACAAAUCCAAGCUGUGUUUCACCCCAACGCCAUCAUCCUGGCCCCCUGUGACUCCAGGGUGUCUAUGGAUUACAGGGUGGUCCAUCAGAUAAUCCGAGAGCUCACAGUGGGAAUAUACUGCUUCAACCAAGUGCCGUCCAUCAGCCUGGAGCCCAACCCUGAUCAGAGCUCUGCGUGCCGCCUGACCCCGGCCUACUGCGACACCAAAGUGGGGCAGAUCCUCAUAAACAUCGAUUACACCAUGAAGGCCCUGUGGCACGGAGCGUACAUCCCUAAAGAAAAACGCCUCUGCUUCCUGGAACUGUGGAGGUCCAACAUGGGUGUAGAUCCCAAAGGAGCUCCUCAGGCUGAGAAAGACAGACUCGCUGAGUUUCUUACAGCAGGUCUAGUGGACAUUUCUGAUGACCCAUGUUACCUGGGCAUGUAUGACGAAGACAAACAGAACCCUGAUCCAAUCUACCAGCCCAGCAGUGCAGAGGAGCAGAAGCUGUUCUCUCAGUACGUAGAGAACGUCCUGCUGAAGAUCACCUCGUAUCUGACCUCGGUCCGUCAGCACGAGAACCUGUUCACCUUCGAGGGCACACACAGCCUGUCCAACGUGGUGCGGCUGACGGAGGACGUUCUGGAGCUGGGCACGUACCAGCGGCUGCAGCAGAGGCUCUCUCGCCACGUCAGGCUGGUGAAGAAACACCUGGCACGCAAAAUGGAGCUGGCCCGGGACCUGGCCUACCUGAAGCUCAUCAGCUUCCUCGUGCCUUUCCUCAUCGGGCUGAGGAAGAAGAUGAUGAUUCCAGACCUGUCUCAAAUGCUCCUGCCUAUCUCAGAUGACAUGCUGAAAACCGAGCGAGAGUUACCGCCUCUUCUCCUCGGACCUACGUUUUCCUGUAAGCACUUUCCGUACAAGCCCAACGAGUAUUUCCAUCUUCACGGUGGGAUUGAGGUUGAUGUCGGGACUCCUGAGCUGGAGCACAUCACCGAAGAGAUGAAGGAUGCCUUCACGACUCUACAGAAUCAUGCAAUGGGCUAUGUAAAUGACCCCCUUCGGCAAGACGCGUCCUACUUGGAGCAGUUUCCUAUCCCCCUCAGUGAGAUUGGUGGGAAACGCUAUAGUGUGAUCUCUAUUGCACUGGCAUCCUUCUAUCCCCAACCCAACACCGUGCAGUGGUGGGAAACCAUGAACAAGUCCAUCAAAAAGAUGCGGGAACAAAAGCUGCCAUUAACUGACUUUCAGCUUCAUGAGCAGUUUAAGAAAACGUUUGGUUAUGCCAAGGCCAUACAGUGCAAGAGCGUUCCGUACGGAUUGCGUGCAGCUGCAGAGCGUGGCCUCUCCGCCGUAUUUCACACGCUGAGCUGUAAAAACGCACCGGGCCACCUGGGGGCGCUAGACGAGCGAGGCUACUCUUUACUCCACCACGCCGCCAUGUGUAAUCAGCCGCAUAUCAUCUACCAGCUGGCAGCUGCCGGCGUCAACCUCAACCAGCCAUGUGUCGGGAGGUUCGUCUGCUCCGGACUCACGCCGCUACACCUGGCAGCUCAGUGCGGCUCUCUCGAGGCCCUCAGCUGCCUGAUCGCUCUGCAAGCCGACUGCACGCUCACGGACCGGAGAGGCUGGCUGGCUGUGCACUUCUCAGCCUUUUACGGCCAGGUCUCGUGCGUCCAGGCCCUGUGCAGGAAAGAUCCCACGUUGCUGGAUGUAUCCACAUCUGCAGAGUACUGCAGCACGCCCCUCUUACUCUCGGCCAUGUCAGGAUCUCUGGAGGCUCUGGACUACCUGCUGUCGAACGGGGCAAAUUGGAGAACGGCGGACAGCGAGGGCAAUAACGUGGUCCAGCUGGCGGCUCUUUACUUCCACACCAACAUCCUCAGGCAUCUCGUUCAGCUGAAUCUGGACGGCCUCCCUGUGUGGAGGAUUCUCGUUGAGAUGUUACGGAGUGAGGAGAACAAGAGGUUAGAGAUGGCCGUCAGGUGCAUGGAGGCUCUCUGUGUGAACGCUGACCCCUUCUGGGAGGACAUCAUGGAUGCAGGCGGGAUCUCAGUCCUGGUGGAGAUUUUGCUCAGCGGGAGGCCGUUGUUCCAACGCAUGGCUGCGGCCGUGUUGUGUCACAUGACGAAGAACGUUCCGGUGUGCGAGGAGCUGGUGCGCUUCGGUGUGGUCCAAGUUCUCAUCAGACACCUCAGCAGCCGUCAUCCAGAGCUUCGCUCGCGCUGCACCGUUAUACUGACAGACCUGGCUGGUCACAGCGGAUCGUAUCAGACUCAUAUCGCUGAGCUGGGUGGGGUUGCCCCCACGGUACAGCUGCUGACCUCUGACCUCCAGGACGUGCUAGUGAACGCCGUGAGGUGUAUCCGGGCGCUGUGUGUCGCUUGUCCCCGAAACCAGACCAUGGCGGCACUUUGUGGAGCCAUCCCACAACUGGUCGAUUUACUCACUGUGAACUCUGAGGUCCUUCAGGGAGAGGCGUGUCUGGCUCUGGCUGAACUGGCCCAUGGCCACACGGAGAACCAGGACCUGAUUUGUGGUGCGUGUGCCGUGCCCCCUGUGGUGCAGGUCCUGAGCUCCAGAAAGAUCUCCAGCCAAGUGAAAGCUGCCAAAGUCCUGGAAGCCAUAGCUCACCAAAACCCUGUCGUACAGGAACAGUUUCUGAACAAAUCCGCCGCCAGACUUCUUCUGCGCCUCUUAAAGGUUUUCGAUCGGGAGGUGAGGGAACAGGGCGCGACGGCUCUCUGGGCCUUAGCGGGACACACACGGAAGCAGCAGAAGCACAUAGCCGAGCUCAUCGGUUACCGUUUCGUCCUGGAUCUGCUCCUGUCCACGUCGGAUAAAAUGCAAUACGUGGGAUGCCAGGCGGUGACGGCACUUAGCCGAGACUGCCGCGCCCAUCAGAACGGACUGUGUAGGGAAAACGUCGUGCCACCAUUAGUGCGACUGCUGCGUUUCUCCCGUACUACUGAGAGAACUCUGCUCAGUGUUGUCACUGCACUCGGGACCUUGUGUAUCGGAGUGGCACACACGCAUAACAGAAACAGCCAGAAUGUGAUUUACGAGGAAAAAGCCAUUCCGACAUUGUUAGCGCUUCUGCAAAGCAACAAAGGUCUCGAGGUUAAGGUCCAGGUCUCUCAGACUCUGGCGUGCAUCUUGAUGGGCAACCAGGAGCUUCAGACGACCUUCUGGGAGCAAGAAGACUUCUCCUACGACGUCAUUCUGGAGCUGCUACAAGCCCAAGACAGAAGCGUCCGUCUGGAGGCGGGCCACGCCCUGGCGCUGUUUGCGUACGAUAACCCGAAGCAGCAGGCAGCUAUUAAGAAAAAGGGAGGAGUUCCAGCGCAUGCGUUCGAGACAUUUUUAGGUGCUGACGACGAAUCCGAAAGGGCCAAGGCUGCAUUUCAGAUGAUCGCGCUAGCUAAAGUGAUUACUGGCUCGGACCAAGUGACACUGACUGCGAGAGGAGUCACAAUUCUGGUAAAAUUACUGCAGUCAAAGAAAAACACUACUUUGGUCCUUACAGCUCAGUUCCUGGCCAGCCUGGCCCAGACCAGAGCAGGCAUCUCAGACGGCGUAGUGACUAUGGGAGCGAUAGAGCACCUCUCCGCGCACCUCUACUCUGAGGACGAGGAGGUACGCACGGCCUGCGCCAGUGCCCUCGGUUACCUGAGCUUCAACUGCUUUGCACAUCGCCUCCUGCUGGUGGAAUGCAGGAAAAAUCCACAGACAUACACAGCGCUGAAGGACCAUUUAGCCCAGGAUGCCAAAAUAUGCAGCAAGUUCACGUCCGAGUUCAAAAGACAGAGAAAAGUGGGCCUUCCGUCAAUCAGUUUCCAGACAAAAUGGAGUCCACCUUUCGGUCAGCUCUCUAAUAAAGACGCACCACGUGGCUCCGACAGAACCCGCUCGGCCCCGGAGCGGCGUCCCCGCAGGAGCAGGACGGCCGAUCCCGGGGUCCGACGCGCAGACAAGUCCUCCUGCGGUACUGAUCCGUGUCUAAACACUAAGCCUCAAUAAUGACACGUGACUGCUCUCGGAUCAGCGAUUCCACCCUAGCUACACUCGUUACAAAAACAAUACACACACACACAGAUAUUUCUGCACAUAUAUAUAUAUAUAUAUACACACACAUUUUAUUUGAUCUAAAUGACAAUCACACUAUUAAAUGCAAUUCUAGCUUUUCAUCUUCAGUUUUAACACAGGAAGCUUGAUCGUAGCAUCUCUAACCUCCGUAGAUAUAUCUCUGCCCAACGGAGCUCUGAGAGAAAACCCAUCACACACACCAUCACCAAACAGAUGAGUGAAUAAAAAACGAUAAUAACGAUGAGCAUCGUGCGUCUACAUCAAUUACGGAAACUCACUUUGGCUCGUAGGUGACGUCCUGAGUGUGGGACACAACCCCUUUUCCCUGCUUCAGUCUCUCCACACCGUUCCUGAGGACAGAAAUAGCUGUUUAAAAGUCGGAGAUCGGGAAUUCCCAGUCACAGGCUUUCACCGAACGCGUAAUUUUACUUCCCCGACGGCCGCUACUGCAACCGAGGCGCAGUAUCAGACAUUUUUACAGCGCACGGAAGAAGAGAAAGAGCGCCCUGAAUGUUACAAAUGGCCCCUUUAACGGGACGUCAGGAUCGAGG